UGGAGAAGUGACACGUGGCGCGGUUUUAAUGGAAGGCAAGUUCCUGUUGCUCCUCGCCGCCAUGAGUCCCAACGGAAAAGCGCUCUGUUUUGCAUAUCUUCUAGAAGCUUCCUUCUUGGUAUUUAUUUAUAACCCUUUGGUUGCGUUCCCUUCUUGUUACCGAAUCGUUUGCGAGCAUUUCCGCACAUUCUUUCCAGCAUCCUCGGAUUCAAUGGCCACGUUCAGCGAAGCUCCGGCCGGCGAUACCAAAUCCGGCGAGAAGAUCUUUAAGACUAAGUGUGCGCAGUGCCACACCGUCGAGAAAGGCGCCGGCCAUAAGCAAGGUCCCAACCUGAAUGGACUUUUCGGAAGACAAUCCGGAACAACCCCUGGCUAUUCAUACUCAGCUGCCAACAAGAGCAUGGCCGUGACCUGGGGAGAGAAUACACUUUACGAGUACUUGCUUAACCCCAAGAAGUACAUACCUGGAACGAAGAUGGUGUUCCCUGGAUUAAAGAAGCCUCAGGAGCGUUCGGAUCUAAUCGCAUACCUCAAGGAAGCUACUGCUUAACUAGAAUCAUAUAAUCCACGGUAAGUAGCUAGCAGCAGUCCAUUGAAUUAAUAAGCUAUAUAUAUAUAAGAUUCAUCUUCUUCCUUUUGUUGAUCUUGGCCAAAUUUAUUUAUAUAUAUAUAGAUAAGCUAGCUGAGACGGUCAAGAUUUAACAAUGGAAGCAGCAUUAGAUAGAAUUUUUGGUCCCCUCCCCCAUCACUUUAUUAUAUGUAUUGUAACAACUACUACUACUUUUAACCCUCAAUCUAUUAGAGAUAAUAACAACA